UGAAGAUCCAGUUUGUGAGCGGCAGAGCAGCAUAAGAGCUCGGUGCUGCUGGACACUUCAGAUCUCCACAGCUGCUGGCAAACACAAGAUGGCUCAUUAUAAUCCAUCCUUAUCGUCUCCAUCAGACGAGGUCAAUCUGGGUGUGACGGUCAAUCCUCAAGCCAAACCCACUGACUUUGACUUUCUGGCUGUGAUUGGGAAAGGAACAUUUGGGAAGGUGCUCUUAGCUAAACUGAAAGCCGAUGGAAAAUUCUAUGCCGUGAAAGUUUUGCAAAAGAAAAUUAUAUUGAAGAAAAAAGAGCAAAAGAAUAUAAUGGCAGAGAGGAACGUGCUGCUCAAGAGUCUGAAACACCCUUUUCUGGUCGGGCUGCACUACUCCUUUCAGACCUCGGAGAAGCUGUAUUUUGUCCUGGAUUAUGUCAACGGUGGAGAGUUAUUUUAUCACCUGCAGAGAGAGCGGUGUUUCUCAGAGGCACGAGCUCGCUUCUACACGGCGGAGGUGGCCAGUGCCAUCGGAUACCUUCACUCUCUCAAUAUAGUGUACAGAGAUCUCAAGCCAGAAAACAUCCUGUUAGACCACCAGGGUCAUGUGGUGUUAACAGAUUUCGGCUUGUGUAAAGAAGGCAUAGAACCAGAAGGAACCACCACAACCUUCUGCGGCACUCCAGAGUAUCUGGCCCCUGAGAUCCUACGGAAAGAGCCGUAUGACCGCACUGUGGACUGGUGGUGUCUCGGAGCUGUGCUCUUUGAGAUACUUUACAGCUUACCUCCGUUCUACAGCCGGGACGUGUCUGAGAUGUACGACGCGAUCCUUCAUAAACCUCUGCAGCUGCCUCCGGGGAAGUCUCAGGCCUCCAGUCACCUGCUCCACGGACUCCUGCAGAAAGACCAGCGUCGCCGGAUAGGAGCCAUUGCUGAUUUUUUGGAGAUUAAAAAUCAUGUCUUCUUUGCCCCCAUAAACUGGGACGACCUCUACCACAAGCGAAUCACUCCUCCAUAUAACCCAAAUGUGAGAGGCCCAGCAGACCUUCAGCACAUUGACCCAGAGUUCACCAGAGAGACGGUGCCCAACUCUGUGGGCCGCACCCCAGACCUCACCCCCAGCCUGGCCACCAGCAGCUCCAACGCCUUCACCGGCUUCUCAUACAUCUCUGGAGAAGACGGCUUCCUCUGAGGCGAAGGCUUCUCUCGCUGUCAGCUCUCUGAGCGCAGGGCGUUUCACUGGACUGGAAUGAGGGUAAGCUGUGACACAGGAAACGCACCUGUCGCAUGACGAGUUUUCAGAUUCUGCAUUCAUAAUAAGAUAUUUCAUCAGGAUGCACUCAUGUUUGUUGUGUAAGACUAAAGGAAAUUGCCGGGGACGGGUUUGCUGAUUGCACCACUGGCAAAGCAGCUAUAGUUGCAAAACCUGUAAAAGUCUACAGUAGAUUUGGGAUCUUGCUCGUCUUUGGGGGAUGGUGGAUCUGUCUGCUUUACCUUUGGCAACAUCCUCAUCUAAUGUUCUUCAUCUGAUUACUGAAAAGCAUGGAAAAUGACACCUUUGCUUUAUAACGUUUUGUGCAAAACAUCCUGUAAUGCAAUGCUCUUCUGUUGUUAAAAAUGUCCAAUCAAAUCUAUUUUAUGAUCUAAAAAAGUGAAGUUAAUCUGACUGUGUUUUACUAAAUCAUGUAUAAUGCUGAGAAAGUCUUUGUGAAGAACCAUUGAUAAAUGUACUAUUUGUUUUUUUAGAUAUAUACAG